AUGAUACACUGUGGUAUCCAUGAUGUAAAUGGAGUAUUCCAAACUUGGAUGACAACUAUCUAUGCGCUGAACCAACUUGAGCAAAGAAGGAAACUGUGGGAAGACUUGAAACAAAUUCAUGACAGCCAACAAGGCCCUUGGUUCCUUAUGGGCGAUUUCAACAAUUUAACUAAAUCCAUGGACAGAAUAGGUGGGAACCUGGUGACUGAAAAAGAGUUUGAAGAUCUCAGAAGCUUGAUGGAUCAUGCUGGCUUGUUUGAGAAGGAUAUCACAGGAGACUAUUUUACCUGGACAAAUAAACACUCUAUAGGUACCAUUUAUUCAAAAAUUGACCAUGUUCUUGGUAAUAUAGACUGGCUGCAGGAUAAUAUUGAUUUGAAGCUGGAGAUUCUCCCUCCUAGUAUCUCUGAUCACUGCCUUUUAGGCUUGAAUGCUGAGAAGAUUAACAGAGCAGUACACAAAAAAUUCAAAUUUAUAAAUAGUGUGGUGAAGAUAGCAGAUUAUCAUGACACUGUCAAACAGAACUGGAACAAAGAGAUUACUGGCAUACCCAUGGCUAGACUGUGGUAUAAACUGAUGAGAUUGCAAGCUCCCCUAAGCAGACUGAGCAAACAGUUUUCAAACCUCCAGCAGACCAUUGUCCAAGCAAGGAAUGAUUUAUUACAAACCCAGGAAAGUCUCAUAAUGGACAGAAUGAAUACUGAGAUCAUUGAGAAGGUUAAAACCUAUACUGAUGAAUUUACCCAUCUGCAAGAACUUCAGGACCAAAUGCUGAGACAGAGGACAAAGAUUAAUUGGCUUAGAGAAGGCGAUACAAAUUCAUCUUUCUUCUAUGCUUACCUCAAAUCCAGGACUACAACCACAAAUAUUAGCCAACUCUAUAAAGAUGACGGUACCUGUAUUCACAACCAGGAAGACAUAGAAAAAGAGGUGUGUGAGUUUUAUGGAAAAUUGAUGGGCACAAGGGAACCUAUAAUAAAUACGAUUGAUAUUGAUGUCAUGAGGGAGGGGCCUCAACUGUCCAUAGAACAAAAAGCUGAUCUAAUUUCACCAGUGUCUGUUACUGAAAUCACUAAUGCCUUAAAAGGGAUAGGUGACCUUAAGAGCCCAGGUAUAGAUGGUUACGGAGGAAAAUUUUUCAAAGCCAGCUGGGACAUUGUUGAUAAAAAUGUUAUUGAAGUUGUUACAGAAUUCUUUGAGCAGAAUGUGAUUUAUAAAGCUUUCAAUGAAACAAUUGUUACUCUUAUUCCUAAACAGCCGGACGCCAAAAUCUUGAAAGAUUACAUGCCAAUUGCUGGAUGCUCAACAAUCUACAAAAUCAUAUCCAAGAUCCUCACAACUAGACUUGGGAAGGUGUUGGGUAACAUCAUCAGUAAAGCGCAGGCAGCCUUUGUUCCAGGUCAGAAAAUCCAUUCUCACGUCUUACUAGCUAUGGAACUUUUAAAAGGUUAG